AUGCUACGCUUGGAAGCCGUGAAUGCGUUUAGCUUGUUACUAAAAGGGGCUGGCAAAGGAGCCACGGAAUCCAUUCUGAAAGACUUGAUGAAACAACUCAAACAAGGAUUAACGGACAAGGCACUGGUAAUGCGAGUGGCGUCAGCACAGUGCAUCCAAGCCGUGAUUCAAUUUGCUCACCAGCCUUUAACCGCUCACGAUGUGGAGACUUUGUUGCAACUCGCUUUCAAGGCAUUUGAGGAUUCCACGUUUGCAGUUCGACGCGCCGUCUCAUCUCUGUGCGCCACACUUUUAGCCUUUACUCAAAAAACGGCCAUCACCGAUCCGCAAAAACCACACAUUAAAUAUGCCAUGACAGGUGAUGACAAUCCUACCGACACACCGGAAGCCAAGGCCACCCCUUUGUUGUCCAUUGAAGACAUGCUCAAUCAGUUGUCGACCUGUUACAACCGUCCAAACGUCUCCAGAGACACCCAGGUGGGCGUCGUUGAAGCGUAUGCAACGUUGUUUGUCCUUUUAGGCACCGAAUUUGUCGAGCUUCAUUACGCGAAAAUCGCCAAACAUUUGAUCCACGAGUUCCUGCAUCCCGUGAAAAAUGUCCUCAAUGCAUCGGAUGCCGCAUUUACACGCUCCAAAGUCAUCUUCCUGCUUCAUAAUACGAUCGGUAAACGUCUUCUAAGUGAACAAGGUCAAGCGACGGCGAUUCGCCUGUUGGUGACGGACUGGAUUAAAACGUGGCCCCCUUUAAUGCCAAAUCAACCGCAACCAAACAAACAUGCCCUCAUUUGUGCCACCCAUCUCGUUUCGGCUCUCGUGUCUGAACUUGAAGGAGCCGCUCGUGCGGUACAGGAUGUGUUGAUAGAUCCUUUGUUCGUGCUGCUAACCCAUCCCAGCUUUUCGGUGCAAAUGGCCGCGGUUUGGUGCAUUCGCUGUAUUUGUCUUGCAGCGCCAGCCAACUUGCCGUAUCUACUGCCACGAUCGCUCAAUGCCCUCGAGAAAAAUCUGGGCAACCUUGGCAACCCUAAUACCACCACCAAUACGUUGCGAUGUACCAUUGCUUACGCCUACGCGGCGGCGGCAAUCAUGAGCGUUUUCCCUGCACGCCCUAUUUAUACCUCCUUUGAUUUGAGCGCACGAGCCAUGUCCAUAGCGACUCAAUUGAUCAAACAUACCAGUAAAGAUGCCAAGAUCGCGAGCGUUCAAGUGCAGGUGGCCUGGGUCCUGGUAGGCUCGCUGAUGGGCCUAGGCCCGAAUCUCGUCAAAUUGCACGUUUCUCAGUUAUUACUGUUGUGGAAAACGGCAUUGCCUAAACCCACCGGCAAGGAAGCCAACGCCAUGCGUACCGAAGCCGAAUGGUCCUUUCUCUUCCAUACACGUGAAGGCGCCAUUAGUUCCAUUUACAGCUUCAUUGCCCACAACAGCCAUUCCUUGGUCACGCUGGAUAUCGCCAAGCGAAUUGCCGCCCUGUUGAAUAAUACCCUGGCGUUUCUAGCGACCACUCCCACCAGCUUUGCCGCUUCGACCUUAUCCCCCUCUUCAUGUUACAAGGUCAAGGUUACCGAUCAAAAUUACGCCUUGCGAAAACGUAUCUUUCUGUGCUUUGUCGCUUUGCGUCCACACUUAUCCACUUAUGAAUCGUCCUUAACCAGUCUCCUCCGUCACGCAUUGACGGUAUUUACCGAACCCGAAAAAAUCAUCCCUUCCUCAGGCGCCCAUUCCCAGGUGACGGCUUCCAUUCCCGGUCAAUUCGUAAGCGUGUGGCAUACCGCGGACGGCCACGGAUGUGGUGUCACGAGCAAAAUGCAAGGUUAUUCCAUCGACAUUGCCACCACUGUCGACGAUCGGGACGAUGAAAACAACUAUGGUAAAGAAUGGGUCACCCGGGAUCGAUUCCAAAAAAAAACGAAGCAAUGGAUUCCGCAGCCUGUAGCACCUUCAACUGGCUACAUUGACGCCAGCAUUGAACUCUUUGCCACCUUGUUCCCAGGCCAGCCUCCUCCCGUGCAAGAAUCGACGUUUGAACAAAUUGCCAAAGUAGUCAAGGACCAGCGCCUGGAAAAGAAUUCGCCGAAACGUGCGGCCGUGCUUGUCAACGUCAUUGUUGCUUUGCUCGGUGCUCUCAAGCACAUGAUGUCCGCGCACAAGAAGAAACCACUGCCAGAAACUGUCAUGGUAACCGGCCGCGCCACUCAGCUCAUGCAAGAGAUAUUAAUGGAAGCUAUUGUGCAUCCCGAUCCUUACCUACGAAAUGCGGCCAGUGAGACGAUGGGUCGUCUGACCGCAAUUGUGGGCGGUGCGUUCGUCUCUAGUCAGAUGCAACAGCUGGUCGAUUUGGUCGUGAGUAACCGUGAUCCGGAUGUCCGUGCGGGAUGUGCACUCGCUAUUGGCUACAUCUACAGCCACGUGGGCGGCAUGGCGGCCGCAGCUCACCUAAAAACGAUUGUCGGCAUUCUACUAUCACUCAGCAGUGAUCCACACCCGGUGGUUCAUGCUUGGGCUCUGGAAGCCAUGACCAUGACCGUGAGCGCCGCCGGUUUAAUGUUUUCCAGCUAUGUCAACAGCACGCUCGGCAUGGUCGCGAAAUUCUAUCUCAGCGAAACCCACGAACCUGGCAGCGGAUCGGUGGCGGUGUCGAACGCGGGUAUGAGUGUCGGAUUCACUGCGUAUCAAGAAUUUGGACGCAUCAUCUACGAACUCAUCGGUACCUUGGGUCCGGAACUGCAAGCAUCGUCGAAAAUUCGGGAACUGUGCCUCAACAUGGUCGAAGAGCUUCGACUGGAACCGGAUGAGCGCGUCAACGUCGAAGCAAUUCGCUGCAUUCAACAUUUCCUCAUGUUUGCACCCAAACACCUGGAUUUGAACGAACUCGUGCCGUACUUGCAAGCGCAAAUCAGCAGUCUUCACAUCCCAUUGAAAAAAGCGGCCGUUACGUGCUUGUAUCAACUAGUGCAGCGGGAUGCCGGACUUGUAUUCAAGGCGGCGCAACCGGGUCUGGAUAAUGAACUGUUCAAGAUGUUGGAUACCGAUCCCGGCCUUUCCGACGUUAAAAACGUGAUACGAGGAUGGUUAAGAGAGACUGCGGUGAGCGAGCCUUCGGUAUGGGUCAAUAUCACCAAACGAAUCACAACAGGAUCGCAUGGAAGACCCGGGCGAUCGGACCCCGGAACACCGUUGUCGCCUACCAUGCGACGAAGUGGCGAGGGACUAUCCCAUGAUAACGAUGACGAAGAGGAGGAUGGCGACGAUUAUGGCGACGAUGACGCUGACGGUUUUGUGGACGAGGUGCAUGUGGAUAACAUCACGUCGGUGGCUGAUGCUUCGGGUAUUGGUUCCAGUUUGUCAGUGAACGUGGAGAUUCCUCCACGCUGGCGUACUCAACUAUUUGCUCUUGAAUGUCUGCAAACUACCAUUGAGCUCAUUGCACAAAGCGGGAUUCGAGAGCAUUUCGAUUUGGUCGCUGCGCGUGCCAAACGUCAGCAAGCAGGCAUUGGCGAUUAUCUCGUUUUCCGUGUGCCGGAUCUGAUUCGCUUGUCCUUUACCACUGCCACCGCCCCGGUAAAUGAAUUGCGCUUAGCGGGUAUUGCCCUCUUAAAGAUGGUGAUCGAGAAAUUCACCAAUACGGCGGAUGCUGAUCUCGACGACAUGCUAUUGUUGGAACAGUAUGCCGCGCAAAUCGGCGCGGCGCUGACACCGGCUUUUGGCGCUGAUUCGUCGUCUGAGAUUGUGUCGGCGGCUGUGCGUGUUUGUGCGAUCUAUGUAGGCAGUGGCAUCGUGAAGGAUCUGUAUCAGCUCGGUCGUGUUCUGAAAUUGUUGACGUCCGCCCUGGAUAAAUGCAAAGAUGAAUCGAAACUGACCGGCGUCGGUGAAGUCAAGGAUCUCAGUCCGCAUGCAUCUGUCAUGGUCCGAUUGUCUGUACUGAAUGCUUGGGCCGAACUUCAAGUCGCCAGUCAACGGCAGGACUACCUAAAACAGGUGCUACAGCCAAACUUGGCUUCUUUGAGCCCAUUGUGGUUACGGUCACUGCAGAAUUAUGCACGCAUUCGCUUGGAAUCCGAUAUUGUUGCUCUGUCUCACAGCGCUGAGGGAAUUCAGGCAUCCUCGAGCGGCGGUAUUGAUUCAAUGUAUUCUGCAGCUACAAAAGAAGUGGUGUUGCCUUUCUACCGCCGAUCAUGGCUGAAAAUCAUGGAGGCCGUGGCGACGCUUCUCGAAGUCAAGGCCCCGUCGAUUAUGGAAGCUUUGGAACAAAAUCCCGAUUUUGAAUCGGUAGACGGACAAGUGCCGAACCUGUUCUACAUUCUAUUUGGGUUAUGUAUCGAAAGCCUCUCUCACAUUUCAAGCGCUAGCAGCGGCAAGACCGAUGCGACGACAAUGGUCAUUUGCUUGAACGCUUUAAAAACAUGCUUGCAGCCGUCGUUUACAGGAAACCGGUUUUUACCCAAAGCUGUUUUCCUCGAACUCAUGAACGUGUUUGAUCGCCUCAUUCAAACCGAAGGUUACGCUGUUCAGUUGCUUAUUAUUGAAAUCAUUCAACGGCUCAUUCAAAAUUACGGCGCCAAGGAUCUCUGUCAGGAUUUAGGUGAUGAAAGUCUAUUUGAUGUGGACCGUGCAUUUGAACCCGAGGCUUUACCAUCGACGGCCAUUUUGUAUUAUCUGCUGCGCCUCUUGAUCAAUGUGUUUUUGCAAAACAUUCCCACAUUGUCCAAUAAGCCAAUGUCGGCUCGUCCUCGAGUGGCGUUGGGUCAAGAAAACAUCAUCUCACUACUUGGUUCGUCGUUGGAAACGCUAGCCAUGUUGGUUGGUAUUACUCCAGCUAUUCACAAGGUGGACAUGUUGGCUAUUUGCUACCACAUCUUUGCAGAAAUUCUGAUGGACGCCAAGUCAGAAACAUUACUGGCUCCGCGUGUUCUUGUCUUGUUGAAAACAAUGUUUGCUCAGUUCGAGACGGACUUGUCUUCCAAGGAUAGUGUUGCGCUGUCGCGUGUCACCAAUGCUAUGCUCCACACGCUGGUGGAUGGGUUGUUCUAG